AUGGCGCAGACAAAGAAGUCAAUGGGUGCAUACGCUCGCAGAAACGAUGCGGAGGGUGCGCCGCUGCCAGCUUCCAAGAGUAUGGAAGACCUCAAGGUGCAAGUCCCAGGAGACAAGAGAAAGUCUGCAUCAAACACACAUGCUCUCAGGACCACGCGUUCAACCGCUGAAAAGCAACCGAAAUUAGAGAACGACACUAACUUCAGCGAGAUCGAUCGUACUUCAACGGUAGGCAGCACAAAGCGCACGCGCUCUCACGGAGCACCAGUACAGGCUCCCAUGGGAGGCGCGGCGCCUCAGCAUUAUUACGACGAGGAGAUGACCGAGCGACCUGAAUACGAAGCUGGCAAUGAUGUACCUGAGCCCAAGCAUGAGCAGGACCAGAGCUCUGACCAGUCUGACGUGCCCAGAGAUCCUCUCAAGCAGCUUCAGGAGCACAACAGCAAUCCUCAAGGCGGCCAUGAGCGUGCACCAGCCCAUUCAGGUCACAACCCCUACCUUCAACAGCAGAUCCAAGGAGACAGCUAUCCACCAACCACUUCUGGCAAUCCUUCUGUCACGGAUCAACCAGAGGGUCUGCCACCGUACUCUACUCAUCUACCUGAGAACAAACCGAGAACAGUGAAUAGUGGUCUGCCGGCGCGUGGUGCUGGUGGUACUCGGCUUCCGACGAAUACUUCCGCCAGACCUCAGCAAAAUCACAACGGUCAGGCAAAUCCCGCAGCCCGUAACUCAGCAAUGUCUUAUGGAAUGCCGGGUUUCAACAAUGUUGUGGCCGAUGUAAACGCCAACUUCUCCUUCGCGAAGGCAGGUGGCCCCCGAGGUACAGCACCCGCUCAACAACUGCAACAUGGUGGACCGCCACAGAUGCACCCAGCCCCUACCAACGUCGCCAUGCGUGGCUCGCCGCCAGUGACACAUCUCUCGUCACAUCAAGGUCACCGCCAACCACGACCGGGUCCUACAAAUGCCCAAUCAGUCGUUGCAUCGCCGCAGGAAGUACCUCGAGCGAUGAAGCGCCCGCCGGCUACUCAACAGCAGUCAAUGCCGCCUGGUGAGCAAGCUUCGAUGCAGCACGGUCGAACAUGUCCUGCUCAGCGCCACGAGCCUACCUCCCGGGCGGUGGAACAUGAUAACGGGCCAAUGGUUGACAAUCGUCGUCAAUACAACCUCCCUGAGAGUUCUUUCGUUCAGGAAGAGGCCACUGGCGAAGAGCCCGAUGGAGAACAAGACGACGAAGUCGAUGACGAGCCUGAUAUUCUCGACUACGAAGAAGACGAGAUUUACGCCAUGAACUUCUCAGCACUGAAGGCCGAGUCGUUUGAUGUCGAUCCGCAAGCAGACGAGUUGCAGCUGCCUAGCGUUCAGCAGCAGGCGACCUUCCAAGACAAGCUGCAGGCAGUUUCGGUAUUGCCGGCUCGGAGUCAGGGCGAUUUUUACAAAUCACUUCCUGUCGAGCAGUGGGAGGAGGCUGGUGACUGGUUCCUCGACCAGUUCGGCGAAGUACUCAAGAAGUUCAAAGCCGCUCGCCAAGAUAAGCGCAAGGCAGCCAUGGCGUUUGAAGACGAGAUCGAGAAGCGUCACGAAGCUGUAUCCAGGAAGCGCAAGAUCACGGAGGACGCUUUAGGCGAGAUGAGGAAGACUGGUUCGGUGGUGCUGCAGGGCACUCCCAAGUCGAAGAGGACCAAGUGA